GCACGUUCACAAGCGACAGCACUGAAAUUUUAUUAGUGAGAUGAUAUUUACUUCCAGAUAAUUGGUAGAGAUAUUGAAUAAUACUGGGCCCAGAACUGAUCUCUGUGGAACCCCACAGACGAGGGAUGGGAAUCCUCUGGCAUGCUGGUUACACACAAUACAUCAGGGUUAGCCUCUGGUGGGCCAUGAUACGAUUAGUUUACAUGAGCAUCUAUAAGCAUCGAGGUCUACAACUCCUAGUGUGCGCUUUUCUCCGUUCCUUGCCAAUGGAAGCUGUGGAAAGCGACAUAGGCCCUGCCACUGCUUCCUAAAGUACCCACUGGUUGGAAAUGGGGAGCCACAGCCACUGGAAGCUGUCUGGCUCUGUGCCUGUGGAUACUCAAGUAAACAAACCAUCUGACAGCCCACCAGUGGCUAACGGUGACAAACCAUGUGCAGCCCAUUCAGAAGGCUCCCCACCCUUGUGCGCACCACCUUUUGAUGUUGAUCCCCCAUUAAGAACAUAAGACCAGCCAUACUUGGUUAGACCAAAGGUUCAUCUAGUGGUGGCCAAUGCCAGGUGCCCCAGAGGGAAUGAACAGAAUAGGUAAUCAUCAAGUGUUAUGUUCUUAUGUAUGCAGUUACCUUUAUCAAACAAACUUGUAAUUUCCUUGCAGAAUAAAGUCAAGUUUGUUUGACAAGAGCUAUUUUACAUAAACCUGUGCUGAUUAGUAUUAAUUACAUUUAUAGCCUUUAAUUCCUUAUUGAUUGGAUCCCAUAUCAGCUCUUUCAUUUUUUCCCCCUGGGAUUAAUGUCAGGCUAACUGAUAUGCAGUUAGUCCGGUCAUCCUUGCUCUUUUAGAAGUUUGAUGCAACAUUAUUAGUCUUCCAGAAUGUCCCCAAUGUUCGAAGUUUUACAAUUUGAAAUGUAACAUCAGUAGGCCAGAGACCUCCUCAGCUAGGCAAUCUAGGGAUGUACAGUAUGAAAAUAAUAGCAUUCUGAAUCAGUUGUGACCUUUCCUACUGACUCACUGCUAUACUUUGUGCAAGUCACUUGUACAUCAGCUAUAAAAAAGGCUAUAAUACUUACUUCACUGGGGUGUUCUGAGGUUUAAUAAAAUAAUGAGGGGCAACACUUUGAGAUCCUUGGAUGAAAGGCAUUAUAUGAGUUCAAAGCAUUACUAUUAUUAUAAUUUUAAACUUUACAAGACAUGUCAUUACUCUAAGUAGAACUCAACAUUCCCAAAGCCAGAAGGUGGGUCAUCUUAGUAUAUAUAUAUAAAGCUCUUUACGUGCUUGAUCUUGCAGGACAAAGCAGAUUGAAGACUGAGUUUGAUUUUCAGACAGUCUUGGGUGCCUGAGAAGAGCCAUCCUCAUGCUACUAACACUGAUGUUUCUGGGUCUUGCCGCCCUUGUUGCUCCUUCUGCAAGUUAUGGAUGUUAUGGUGAUUUACAUACUAUGGAAACCCCUGUGAUUUCCUGCAGGCCUGUACAAACCCCAACUUGUGGUGUGCUUACGGCACAAAAGAUUGCUGAAAUAGAUAUUGUACGUCUAAGGGCCUAUCAAGCCCCUAUUAUGAGGGUUGCCAGAAAGACGUGCUUAGAUCCAGCACUGGUUGGUGCAAUCAUAUCUGUGGAGAGUCGUGUUGGAGCUGCUCUUCAUGAUGGCUGGAACCGUGAAAGAAACCGAUUUGGCUUGAUGCAGAUUCCUGUAAACUACAAUUUGGUUCCUGUAGCCUGGAACAGUGAAGAUCAUAUAGCUCAAGGUGCAAAUAUUCUAGUUACUGGGCUAGAGGAUAUAAAGAGAAGGUUCCCUACCUGGCAAUGGCAACAACACCUCAGAGGUGGGAUUUGUUACUAUUAUAACAAGGUUAGGAACAUCCAGGUCAAUGACGGAAUGGACAUUUGCAAUUCGAACGAUGAUUACGUUAAUAAUGUUAUUAUUCGAGCCAAGACUCUGCAGAAUAAUGGAUUUAGAAUUUUAGAGUAAUGUCGGCUUCCGGCUCUUUUCAGAUAAAUCAUAGUUCUCGUUAUUAUCAACUUGAUCAUGAGAGAUCUGUAUAUCUGGAGAAAAUAAAUGUUUAAUGUAGUAAUCAAAUAGUGAUUGUAACCACAAAAUAAAUUGUUCCAGGGCUUUUCCCAACAAUAGUGGAGCUGGAAGAACUUGUAAAUUAAUUCCACCAACACUCCAUCUAAGCACCUAUCAUUAGUUUCAGUUUUUUCACUUGCUAGAGUUGCAUGGACAACAGAUGUUACUAUAGAUGUAGGAGUUAAUUAAUCCCUUCUCUAGGAUUCCAAUGGGUUGUGUGUGGGAGAAACCCAAGACCUCGGUGCCAUUAGGCAAAAACAAAACAAAAACCUACAGGCCAGCAAAAUCUUUACCUGUUGAGCCGGGGAGGCCUCUUGUACAUUCUAUUGUACAAAAGUGAGUUUGGAACUGCUCGUGCAUCAUCUAGAUGGGAGGAUGUGUGGUUUUCCUUUUAUGUCUACUCUUGUACUUUUUUCAUUCUCAUGCCUCCCCUCCCCCAACAGGGAGGAAGAAGUCUUCAGCUCCAUGGGCUCCUUCUCUUUACCUUAUCCUGCUAUUUUGUAAACACAUUCAAGGAACUUCACUCUGUAUUCUCAACCCAAGUUGAUGUCUUUGCUAGCUGGCUCAUCAAUUGGCCAGUGAAGAAGCCAACCAGGCUAGUAUACUGGAGGGCACACUGAGCAUGCUCAGUAUAUCUUCUACAUUAAUUUUCAUUAGCCAGACUCCUUCCAGUGGCAGAUUAAGUUAACUAUAUAAGGUCAAAAUCAGCUUUACAUGGCCAUAUCCAAAAGGGAAUAUCUAGGUAGCCCAGAAGUCAUGCAGAGCCUCUCUGGGGGGGACAAUCCCAAAAGCAUCCAUUUAGUGAGUUUCCUGAGAACUAUAUGACAGUGACACUGCUUAGUAGUACAACAUUGACAGCUUUAACUUUGUUGCAGUUAGAUUGGCACCUUUGAGCGUUUAAACGUGGAUGUUUCAGUAUCUGCUUCACUAUUAUGAAAACAAAACCAAAGAAAUACUCUAGAAGCAUCUAUUUUUAACUGAAAAGAUCAUACCUGAUGUUUAAGAUUAUUCUGUUUGAAAGUUUAUUUUUCAUUGUGGUUAUAUUUGGAUAUGUACAUUUACUGACUAAAUGAAUAAAGGAAAGUGGUAUAUUAAAAUGUUUU